AUGAGCGAGGUGAAGAACCGGGCCGUCGCACCGCUCCAAAUCUCUGCUGAGCAGAUACUGGCGGAAGCUUUCGAACGUAAAGAGAAAGUAUUGACGAAAGCUUAUGAAACGGUCACCGAUAAGGCGGAACUCCGCGAGCUUCAGCACAGAAAACGUACUGAAUGGGAGGAGGCACUAAGAAGAAACCGCUUAGAUCUUCGUCAAUGGAUGCGAUAUGCCCAAUUUGAGUGGGAUCAGAAGGAAUACGAAAGAGGAAGGUCAAUUUUUGAACGUGCGCUUGCUGUAGACCAUACAUUUGUUCCUCUUUGGAUCCGAUAUAUCCAAAGCGAGCUGAGGGCCGGAAACGUGAAUCAUGCAAGAAAUAUUCUGGAUAGAGCAACCGAAACACUACCAAAAGUCGACAAACUGUGGUUCACGUAUGUAGGAAUGGAGGAAAUGCUCAACAACUUGGGUGGUUGCCGCCAAGUCUUCGAAAAGUGGUUACAAUGGAAGCCAGAGCUGUAUGCCUGGACGGCCUAUAUUGGAUUCGAAGUUCGACAUAAGCAAACACAGAGGGCCAGAGAACUUUAUCGUCGUCUAGUUUCUGAACGCCCAGAUCCUGAAAACUGGGUACAGUGGGCCAAAUUUGAGGACGUUUCUCGAGGCGAUGUCCGAGGUGUUUAUACACUGGCGAUUGAUAGUCUUAUGUCUCUUAGAGGGCCUCAGGCAAUUCCUGAAAUGCUGCUGCUAGAAUUUGCCAAGUGGGAAGCAGACAAAAAAGAAUGGGAUCGCGCCAGAGCUAUUUUCAAAUUUGGGCUCAAGCAUUUGCCGCCAAGAAAUGCUCACAACCUUCGCUCAGGCUAUGUGCUCCUUGAAAAACAGUUUGGUAACGCAGAUAGUCUUGAAUGGUCUAUUUGUUUACAUCGGAGAAGUCUCCUUGAAGAACAUUUGUUGGACAAUCCAGCGUCUAUGGAUACUUGGUGGGACCUGUUAAGUCUCGUCCAGGCCAGUGGCUCUGCAGAUGAUUUACGCGAAGUUUUUGAGCGUGCUGUUGCAAAUGUACCAGCAGAUUUAACCAAAACUGAUCAAUGGCGCCGCUAUAUUUAUAUUUGGCUUCGAUACGCAUUUUAUGAGGAGGAGAUGGCAGAGAUUGAUCGUGCAAGAGAAGUGUAUAUCAUGGCUUUGAAAACGCUUCCGCAUCACUUGUUCUCGUCUGCAAAGCUGUGGAAACAUUUUUCUUAUUUCGAAAUUCGACAGGGUGACGUUGGCGCAGCCCGUAAGAUAUUUGGCCAAGCUAUCGGAAGGACAGCAAAACCCAAAGUUUACAAAGAAUACAUUGCACUUGAACUACAACUUCGAGAGAUCGAUAGAUGUCGAAAACUCUACGAACUAUUUAUUGAAAAGUAUCCAGGGCUUGCUGCAACUUGGAUCGAUUAUGCCUCGUUGGAAGACGAACUUGAUGACCUAGAGCGCGCCAGAGGCAUCUACGAACUAGCCAUCGAACAACCAGAGAUGGAUAAGUUAGAUCUAAUCUGGAAAAGCUACGCCGAAUUUGAAGCUAGCAACGACAAUCUCGACAGGGCUAGGUCCGUCUAUGAGCGGUUGCUUCAACGCGUGUCACAUGCUAAAGUUUGGAUUGCCAGAGCCAUGCUGGAAAUUGGCGAGAAUGGCGAAAACGUUGAGCAAGCACGGGAAGUAUUUAUUCGUGCUGAUCGCGAACUAGCAGAAACCCCAUCUCAGCGUGUUUCAUUAUACGAUGCUCGUGUGCAAUUUGAGCGCAUCUAUGGCAACGAAGAGACACUACAGCAGAUGGAAAAAGCGGCUCCUCAGGCGGUUGAGAAACGAAGGCAGCUGGAAGAUGGGAAUCAUGAAUAUUAUGUUGACUAUGUCUUCCCUAACUCUACAGAGAAGGUGUCAAAAUUGCUUGCCAAUGCGAAAAAAUGGGCAGCAAGUCGUGAUCAAUAA